GCUGACGGCGACAUGAUGGGGACGAACCCAGAAAACACAACUGACCUCUGAACCCGGGAGACACACUGAACACGGUGUCAUGGAUGCCGAGGAUCCAUCUCCUCUGCGGCGUUUUGUUGUAGCGAAGCGUUCGAUCACCUCCAUCUUUGAUCAGCUGCUGGAUUUUGUGAAAGACGGCUCUGCCUUUGUGGACGAGGCGUGGCGGGGCGAUGACCUGGGUCAGGUGGCCGUGGAGGAGCAGAGUCUGGAGAUGCAGAGCUGUGCCACCAAACUGUCGACCAUCAGAGAAGUUCUGCUCAGGAGACACAUGAAGGUGGCGUUCUUUGGCAGGACCAGUAACGGGAAGAGCACCGUGAUCAACGCCAUGCUGAGAGACCGCGUGCUGCCCAGCGGCAUCGGACACACCACCAACUGCUUCCUGAGGGUGGAGGGGACCGACGGCGACGAGGCUUACCUCACCACCGAGGCGUCCAAUGAGAGGAGGAGCGUCGCGACUGUGAACCAGCUGGCUCAUGCUCUCCACAUGGAUCCCACCCUGGACUCCGGCAGCCUGGUCAAAGUGUUUUGGCCUAAAAGCCGCUGCGCUCUGCUGAGAGACGACCUGGUGCUGAUGGACAGCCCUGGGACAGAUGUGACCCUGGAGUUGGACAGCUGGAUCGAUAAGUUCUGUCUGGACGCCGACGUCUUUGUCCUGGUGGGAAACGCAGAGUCAACGCUGAUGAACACGGAGAAACUUUUCUUCCAUAAAGUCAGUGAGAGAAUUUCCAAACCGAACAUCUUCAUCCUCCACAAUCGAUGGGACGCCUCUGUGACUGAGCCCGAGUACAUCGAGGAGGUGAGGAAGCAGCACCUGGACCGCUGCGUCAGUUUCCUGGCCGAGGAGCUGAGGGUGGUCGGUCUGGACGAGGCUCCAGGGAGGAUCUUCUUCGUCUCAGCCAAAGAGGUCCUGAGCUCCAGGAUGCAGCGAGCGCAGGGCAUGCCUGAGACAGGUGAGACAGGUGGCGCUCUGGCUGAAGGUUUCCACGACAGACUCAGAGAGUUCCAGAGGUUCGAGCGGACGUUUGAGGAGUUCAUCUCCCAGUCUGCGGUGAAGACCAAGUUCGAGCAGCACACGGUGAGAGCGUGGCAGAUCACUGAGGCCAUCAAAGCUGUGAUGGACGCCAUCAACAUCGCCUCCGCUGACAGGAAGAUCUUCUGCCUGGAGGAGCGAGAGGAGCAGAGGGACCGGCUGGACUUUGUCCGAGGACAGAUCAACCGUCUGACCGACAACGUCAAAGAGAGGAUCAAGAGUCUGACUGAGGACGUCUCUGCCAAGGUGACCUCAGCUCUGUCAGAUCAGAUCCGAUCACUUCCUGUUCUGGUGGAGGAGUUCAGAGCCGACUUCAACCCGACACAAGAGACGCUGCAGCUCUACAAAACAAAGCUGCUGCAGCACGUGGAGGAGCGGAUGGUUGGAGGUUUGUGUCAUCGCUGCUCGGUCAGUGUCCUCAGAGACAUCACAGACGCCCAGAGACACAUGAUCGACAGCGUCCGUCCUCUGCUGUCUCUGUCCGUCCAGGAGCAGCUCUCCGCUCCCUCUUCCUCCUCCUCCUUUGAGUUGACCUACGACCUCGGCCUCGCCGCCCUCUGUGCAGAUUUCCAGGAGAACAUCGAGUUCCAGUUUUCUCUGGGCUGGACCGCCCUCGUCGCUCGCUUCAUCGGAGCUGCCAACGCCAAGCGAGCGCUAAGCGGCUCCGACCCGCGGCCGCAGGCAGGCUCCACCUUGAAGGAUGAGAUGGUGGUUUCCAUAGCAACAGGCCUGGUCUCCGUCACCUCCCGAGCCUCCAUGACGGUGCUGGUGAUUGGUGGAGUGGUGUGGCGAUCGGUGGGCUGGCGUCUCAUCGCUCUCUCUUUGUCUCUGUACGGUCUAAUCUACCUGUACGAGAAACUCACCUGGACUGACGCCAGCAGGGAGCGCGCUCUGAAGCAGCAGUUUGUGGAGCACGCCGCCCGCCGCCUGAGAACCGUCAUCCCAACCACCAGCUCCGCCUGCAGCCAGCAGGUGUACAAGGAGUUGUCGUCCACCUUCAGCCGUCUGACCCAGAGAGUCGACCUGAGCGAGGCCGAGCUGGAGGGAAACAUCCGACAGCUGAGCUUCAGGAUCCAGAGACUGGAGAACAUCCAGAGGAGGUCCAAGGCCUUCAGGAACAGAGCCACAGAACUGGAGACUCGGCUGGAGGCCUUCUCUGUUCAGUACCUGCAGUGACCUGUGGAUGAGCUGCGCCCCCUGGUGGUGGAGUCCGUCAUCACCAGACCUCCACCCACGUGUCAGGUGGUGACCAGCAGCUGGACCUGAAGGUGUACUCCUCAUCAGACCUGGGUGCGUCCGCUGGACCUGACCAAGAAAACUGAACUGAGACUGUCUUUAGUCCAGAGGCAGGACACUGACCUCCAUCAUCUCUGACUCCACAC